UCAAGUUGGGCUCCGUCCUGACCGAAGUCGCCGACCUUGCCCGCUCCGCUCGUCAGGGUCUCUGGUCCCUGACCUACGCUCGUCCGCAUCUCGUAGUUUUGACCCUGUCUCUCACCCUG